CGCUGCUGAUCAAAAUAACGCAUGCGUAAAAGCCUAGAACGCGGCAUUCUUUUCGGCCUGCAAGAAAGCUCUCCAGCUCGCUCAAUCAUGUCUGACGUAGAAAAUGAUGAUGUACCAUCCGCGAUGGCAGCGGGUGGUAGUAUGGAUGUUAACACUGCGCUACAAGAAGUUUUAAAGAAUUCUCUCAUUCACGAUGGCGUUGUUCAUGGACUUCAUGAAGCUGCCAAAGCUUUAGAUAAAAGACAAGCCAUGCUCUGCAUUUUGGCAGAGAAUUGUGAUGAACCAAUGUACAAGAAAUUGGUUCAAGCAUUAUGUAACGAACAUCAAAUUCCACUGAUAAAGGUGGAUAAUAACAAAAAAUUAGGUGAAUGGGCUGGCUUGUGUAAAAUUGACAGUGCAGGCAAAGCACGUAAAGUGGUUGGCUGCUCAUGCGUCGUCAUAAAGGAUUUUGGUGAAGAUACGCCUGCUAAGGAUGUUCUAAUGGAAUAUCUUAAACAAAGUGCUGUACAUUAAUACCUUUUAAUAAAAUAUUUGACAUAAAUUACACAAAUA